CUGGAAAUUCAAUCGACGUCGUUUUCCAGAGAAGAAAAACAAAAAAAAAAAUACGAUCAUGGCGAUGCUCAUGGCUUCAAGGUUUAACCGCGAAGCUAAGCUCGCAUCUCAAUUACUAUCUACACUCGUGGGAAAGCGAAGCUGCAACAACACAGUGAGAGCAUCAUCAUCCAUGGCAACCGCAUCUUCCUCUACUCUCCUCCUUAACCCGUUGACCUCUUCCAGUCUCCGUCAUCUCAGAUGCUCGCCGGAAAUCUCCUCUCUCUCUUUCUCCGCGCGUGCGACUGCCUCCGAUUUUCCUCUAGCGAUGAAGAGGCAGACUCGGAGUUAUGGAGAUGUCUCGGAACGAGAUCCGUCUGUUGUGUGCGAGGCCGUUAAGCGCGAGACUGGAGCUGAUGGGCUCAACAUCGCCGAGAAUGUGUCUCAGCUCAUUGGGAAAACUCCUAUGGUGUACUUGAAUAGUAUAGCAAAGGAUUGUGUAGCGAAUAUUGCUGCCAAACUCGAGAUCAUGGAGCCAUGUUGCAGUGUCAAGGAUAGAAUUGGGUACAGUAUGGUUACUGAUGCUGAGCAAAAAGGACUUAUAGCACCUGGAAAAAGUGUUCUUGUGGAACCUACCAGUGGAAACACGGGUAUUGGCUUAGCGUUUAUUGCUGCUUCAAGAGGCUAUAGACUCAUCUUGACGAUGCCAUCAUCCAUGAGUAUGGAAAGAAGGGUUCUUUUAAAGGCAUUUGGAGCUGAGCUUGUAUUAACAGAUCCUGCAAAAGGCAUGACUGGAGCGGUUCUGAAGGCUGAAGAAAUCUUGAAAUCCACUCCCGAUGCAUACAUGCUCCAACAGUUUGAUAACCCUGCCAAUCCAAAGAUUCAUUACGAGACUACUGGUCCUGAGAUAUGGGAAGAUACAAAGGGCAAGGUGGAUAUAUUUGUUGCGGGAAUUGGAACUGGUGGGACUAUCACUGGUGUUGGUCGAUUCAUUAAAGAGAAAAACCCCAAAGUACAGGUUAUUGGUGUAGAACCCACCGAAAGCGACAUACUUUCUGGUGGCAAACCAGGACCUCAUAAGAUUCAAGGAAUUGGAGCUGGAUUUAUACCUAAGAAUUUGGAUCAGAAAAUUAUGGAUGAAGUCAUAGCGAUUUCAAGUGAGGAAGCUAUAGAAACCGCGAAGCAACUAGCACUUCGGGAAGGCUUGAUGGUUGGUAUAUCAUCUGGAGCUGCUGCUGCGGCUGCAAUCAGAGUCGCAAACAGACCUGAGAAUGCCGGAAAACUCAUAGCUGUAAGUCCUUUUUCUUUGGGGAGCGAUAUUUAUCGACUCCACUUUUCCAAUCGAUCCGAGAAGAGGUCGAGAAAAUGCAGCCUGAGGUAUGAACAAGAGCAACUUGGUCUACUUCUGCAAAUCUCUUUCUUCUAUUGUUACUUUUGCACUCUUGAGUGCUAAGCAAUUGCUGUUUGUCAAUAAGCCAAAUAGUGAAACCGGUUUGAGUUCUAUUUUAGACAUCAAUCAAAUAUUCUUAUGUAUCGCUCAACAUUUUUAUUGGAAAUCACUAAUUAGUUACA